AUCGGGAUGAGGUGGCAUUAAACGCCGGAAGACGAAAGUGUUUAUAACACGAAGCUAAGCUAACAGGCUAGCUGACUUGACAGAGUAGCGUCUGUUUCCUUCGCCACCGUAUUUCUCUGAUUUUGUGGAGUUUCUCAGGAGUCACAAUGAGUCUGCAGUGGACGGCCGUGGCCACCUUCCUCUACGCCGAGGUCUUUUUUGUUCUGCUGCUUUGCAUCCCCUUCAUCUCACCCAAGAGGUGGAACAAGAUCUUCAAGUCUCGCAUCAUCCAAACCAUUGCUCUGUAUGGAAACACUUCAUUCAUGGUGGCCAUCGCCAUCCUCGUCUUCCUGCUCAUCGAUGCGUUUCGUGAAGUGAGGAAGUACAGUGUGACGGAGAAGGUGGACCUGACCAACAACCCGACGGCCAUCGAACACAUUCACAUGAAACUGUUCAGAGCUCAGAGAAACGAGUACAUCGCCGGCUUCGCCCUGCUGCUCUGCCUGUUACUGCGUCGUCUGGCCACUCUACUCUCCCAGCAGGCCUCACUCAUGGCCUCCAACGAAGCCUUCAAGAAGCAGGCGGAGGGUGCCAGCACCGCCGCCAAGAAAUACAUGGAGGACAACGAGGCGCUGCAAGAGAAACUGCGUGACGCUGGUAUCGAGGUGCCAGAGGCCGGGAAGAAGGGAGCAGGACCGCAGGAGGAGAACAAGACUCUGAAAGAGGAGGUGAAGACCCUGAAGGAGGAGCUGGACACCACCAAGAAAGCUCUGCAGAAAUCAGACAGCGAUGUUCGAGCCAUGAAGAAACAGGCGGAGAACCUGACGGUGGAGUACGACAGACUGCUGGAUGAGCACAGCAAGCUGCUGGCGAGCAGCGACAAGAAAUCAGACUGAGAAAGAGACGGUUUCAAGCUUCUGUCAUCUUCAUUUUCAUCAUCUUCACCGUCCUCGACAAACGGUCUGCAGCUUCUAUAUCCACCUCAACAUCCUGUUCAGUGAUGUCACUUCCUUUUACGUCAACUGACAUUGCUGGGCUGUGAUUGGUUCAUUAGACUGACUGCUUUAUCAGAAAACUAAGAAUGUCAGUUUUUUUUUUCUUUUGUACUGAAGUUUUAGUUUCUUUUCACUUAAAGUUUGAGCUUUUUUUUCCACAUUGCUGUUGCAACAGUCAAUUUUCUUUUUGUACAAUGUUUAAACAGCAGAAUUACAGUUAAACAAUGUUGGCUUCAUAAAAUUUGAUCUGAUCAUUCCUGUUCCCUAAAACAACCUGAACUUUCCUGAAAUUCCUGAAAUCAUGUUUUAUACAGAAAGAGUUUCAUUUCAGAAUAAGAUGUCCAGUCUUUAAAAAACACCUGUUCUCCUGAACUGACGGCUGCGAUGAAUGUUCAGACGGUCUUCAAACAGAGCUCUCUCUCUCUCUCUCUCUCUCUCUCUCUCUCUCUCUCUCUCUCUCUCUCUCUCUCUCUCUCUCUCUCCUCUCUCUCUCUCGCUCUCUCUCUCUCUCUCGCGCUCUCUCUUGCUCUCUCGCUCUCUUUGAGAAUAAAAUAAUUCCUCAGAAAUCAAUUCGGUGAUUUUCAGGGUGUAAAUUUAUCUGUUCCAGUUUUUUAAUUAAGUAAAUUCCCCUAAAUUGUUUUUUUUUUGUUUUGUUUUUUUUUUGUUUUUUUUUUUUUGUUUGUUGGUUUUUUGGGGGUUUUUUUUGUUUGUUGGUUUUUUUUUUGUUGUAAAGGUUGAUCUAGAAUCAUGUCUCAUGCUUUAUGAAUGUUUGGAUCUGCAGUCGAUCCUGGUUUCAAUCUGUGAGUCACUUUGAACAAGAAAAAACAAAACAUCUGCAUCUUUCUGUCACAUUUUCUGCUCGGAGUAUGAUCAAUAAUUGAUUUGAAACAGUCUGAACGGUGAAAUACCAGAAGAGAUUAGAGUUACAGUCCCUGGUUUAUGUCUCAGCACCAGUUAACUUUAAGAUCCUGAAGUUAUGUUACAGUCAUGUGACAUCUGCAGAUCAUUAUUCACCACAUGACAAGAGCAGAAACGGCAACCAGAAGAAACUCCAGGCUUUGUUGUUCUGACUUUGUUGCCUGGUGAUAAACAUGGUGGAUUUAAUUAGCUCCACGUCCUCAUUAGGUCGAUCUUUUCUCCUCUUUCCUGUGCUCUCACCUCAGCUGGCGGUUCGGUGGUGAUUUGUUCCUGUUCAUAAGUGAACAGUAGAGUUUUGGGUUUAACAGUUAAUAUGUGGGUUGUUUUGUGGCUUUCAGGCUGAGUUUCGCUCUGUAACUGCAUCUGCAUCUGUUUCUGGGCCUCGUCAAUCUGAAACCAUCCUCGCCGGUUUCCAGCUGCAUAUUUCCCCAGUGUCAGCAACAUUUGGCAGAAGUUUGAGAAUCUGCUGCUACUCAGUUUCUCCAGUUAACUCAUCCUGUUAAAGACAUUUCAGUCUCUGUUGUUUUCUGGAGAGUAAAGUGUUGUUGGUUGAGGAAGAAGCACAUGUGAUAUUUGUAUGUAAACAGGAUGAUUUAAUGUGUUGUAUCAGGAGUUUAAUUCCAUCAGGUGUCGAAAACCCCCCAUUCUCCCUCUGUCUGCAGCUGUAAUUUAAUUCAGCCCAGGGUUAUCUGAGCUGCUGUUUAUGUUCAUCAAAUCUGCUGAAGAGAAAACAAAUGUGUAAAUCUUAAAGUCAAAAUUAGGGGACAAAUUUUGGGACAGAUUUGUUGACAGUGAACAUGAGAGGGUGAAAAAGUGCUGGUCCUCCUGAUAGUUUUUCCUGAAAGAAAAGUAAAACAUCACUCUAUUAUCCACAUGAUGGUUGAAUUAUUUACGCAUCAUGUGUCAUACUGUGAAAUAAAUGAAAAAAUGUUACAUUUGAUUACAUGAUCUCCCUGUUCUCACACUUCCAGAGUCACUGAAAGGCCUUGGUGGGUAUUGAGUUUUUCUAAGUUAUGUCUGCAUUAAAAGCUGGGGCAAAGAGCACAGCUGUGCCAAAGCCCCAGGUUCAGUCUGUUUGUGAAUGUACAGCACGGAAACACAUUAGAAUUGUAAGGGCCUUACAUAGUCCAUAUUCCCUUGUAUGUUAAUAGGGGCCCUUUGCACAAGAAACACUGAUUCAUGACUGGAGGAAAGACGAGCUGACAGAAACUCAAACCUAGAGUUUCUUCACAGGAAACGGGUCAGAAACAAGAAUUCCCACCGAGGUCUUUCUGUUGUUUCAUUCACACCAACUUCCUUUUAUCUUGAAAAUAUUCUGGGCUGAAGACGCUUGUGUUACCUGAUGAGUUUUGUGGUUGUAAUUGGUUGAUUAACUUUCAACAGGGAAUCUGCAGGUGUUGAUAAUUAUUUAAAAAGUAAUGCAUUUAUUUUACUAAAAAAGUUUUUAAAAAGUUUUAAAUUUCACGGGAGGAUUGUUGGUGAUUCGGGUCUAGAUUUCAGCAAAAACCUGAAUUAAAUGAAUUCAUUUUUAAUUGAUUAAUCUUUCUAUUUUCUGCUACUUAUCAUAGUCAAAGUCACAUUAAUAAAAUGGUUUCAUUAGAAAUUAUUGUUGUAAACAGCUGGCAGGUGCUGAAAAAUGUGAUAUAAGAUUUCUUGGUCAUAUCAUCCCUGCUGUUUUAAAAUCCAACUGAAGGUCUGAGAAUCUUCUACGUAUCUGUGAACCUGCAGAAACCCUGUUUAGAUCCUGACCAGUUUAAAGCAGCGUAACAUUAAGAUAUAAAUUCUUUAGUCAACAUGGUACACAUCAUUAGCUCACAUAGAUUCUCCACAAUGCGACUGUUCAGUUCAUCUUAGAGAAACCACGAGUACAACAGUUUGAUUAAUUCAGAUUUACUGACAUUGUAAACCAGCAACAGAGACAGUGGUGACUCCCUACCUUUUGAAGAGAUGUGCUUGUUUUCAUUCCCAGCAAUGUGUUGAGUUUUCACCCCGGCAGGGUCGAGUGAAGACAUCAAGCGCACCUGUUUUACAUAACGACACUUUCUUUUUCGUCACAUUUGGGUGAUUUUGUUGGUUUCAAGAAAUCUUCUUGUGACUCAGAAAUGAACAUCACUGGGACUUUAAACUCACUGAGAGCAUUCCUCUUACUCUUAUCUGACUUUAUUACGUUUGUUGAUGCUGAAUGUGCGGCCAUUGUAAGGUUUUUGUAUUUAGGUUUUAUCAUUGGAUAUCUGCCUUGUUUUCUGCUUUAUUCAGUUACAGCUUUAAGAAAUGUUGAGUGGGACCAUCGCUGUUUAAAGGUGAUGAUGCACAAAAAGAUUAGCCAUAAAAACAUGUCUCAUCUUUGAUUUGUUCAGAUUAGCAUGUGUGUGUGUGUCCGCUGACAACUGCAUGUGUUAAAAAUGUUUUCAAGGUUUAAUCUUAGUUGUGACCUUCAAUAAAAAGACAAAAUCAGA